CGCCGCUGCGCCCAGGGGACUGGAGGGACGCUCUGAGCAUGUGCAGAGCUGUUUGGCGGCGGCUGCCUCGGCCGGAGGCUGGGGCCCGGUGCUGAUGCGAACAGCUCGCUCGGCCUGUGCCCCAGCGUGGUCGGCGCCCCGGGCCCGGGAGGCAGGGAAGGAGCCGUAGACUCCCCGCGGCCCGAGGAGCAGUCGCGGCGGCGCGCACCCCCCGGCGGCCGCGGCGCCUUCGGGGCCCACGAUGAUGGCGGAGCAGGUGAAAUGCGCCUCGGCAGGGGGCGGCUCCGGAACGGGCUCCGGGCCGGUGGUGAACGCGGAGCUGGAGGUGAAGAAGCUGCAGGAGCUAGUGCGCAAGCUGGAGAAGCAGAACGAGCAGCUGCGGAGCCGGGCGGCCAGCGCGGCCGCCGCCCCGCACCUGCUGCUGCUGGGCGCGGGGACGCCGCCGGGGGGAGCCGCUGCGCCGCCCUCGCCGCCCCCCACGCUGCUGGAUGAGGUGGAGCCGCUGGACCUGGAGAGCGUAGCCGCCUGGCGGGACGAGGACGACUACACCUGGUUAUACGUUGGCUCUUCAAAGACAUUCACAUCAUCAGAGAAAUCCCUGAGCCCUUUGCAGUGGUGUAGACACGUCCUAGAUAACCCGACUCCAGAGAUGGAAGCAGCAAGGCGUUCCCUGUGCUUUAGACUGGAGCAAGGUUACACCUCCAGGGGCUCCCCUCUCAGUCCCCAGUCCUCUAUAGACAGUGAGCUGAGUACUUCGGAAUUGGAAGAUGACUCUAUCUCCAUGGGAUAUAAGUUGCAGGAUCUCACUGACGUUCAGAUCAUGGCUCGUCUCCAAGAAGAAAGUCUCAGGCAGGAUUACGCUUCCACCUCAGCAUCUGUGUCCAGGCAUAGCUCCAGCGUGUCACUGAAUUCAGGAAAAAAAGGGACGUGUAGCGAUCAAGAAUAUGAUCGCUUCAGUCUGGAGGACGAGGAAGAAUUCGAUCAUUUGCCACCACCUCAGCCUCGUCUUCCAAGAUGUUCACCUUUCCAAAGAGGCAUUCCCCACUCACAGACUUUCUCCAGCAUUCGGGAGUGUAGGAGGAGCCCCAGUUCCCAGUAUUUUCCUUCCAGUAAUUAUCAGCAGCAACAGUAUUAUUCACCUCAAGCCCCAGCUCCAGAUCAGCAACCACAUCGGACCAAUGGAGACAAGCUCCGAAGAAGUAUGCCUAAUCUAGCUCGGAUGCCAAGUACAACUGCCGUCGCUAGCAAUGCCAGCUCUCCAGUCACCGUGAGGAACAGUCAGAGCUUUGACUCAAGCUUGCAUGGAGCCGGAAACGGGAUUUCAAGAAUACAGUCUUGCAUUCCAUCCCCAGGACAGCUUCAGCACAGAACCCACAGCGUGGGACAUUUCCCGGUGUCUGUGCGGCAGCCUCUGAAAGCCACAGCCUACGUGAGUCCCACUGUUCAAGGCGGUGGCAGCAUGCCUUUGUCCAAUGGCCUCCAGCUCUAUGCCGGCACUGGCAUCCCCACACCAAACAAAGCUGCGGCGGCCGGGACGAUGGGCCGCAGUGCCCUUCCCAGACCUUCACUGGCAAUAAACGGAAGUAACCUGCCUCGAAGCAAAAUUGCACAGCCUGUUAGAAGUUUCCUUCAGCCUCCAAAGCCUCUGUCCUCGCUCAGCGCCUUGAGGGACGGAAGCUGGAGAGACGGUUGCUACUGAUGCGGUUUCACACGCCCUUGGAGCCUGGGAAAGGAGUGGAAAAUGAGGGUCGAGUUACCUAGCUGGCUAGGUAACCGUGAACGUCGGGAUAUUCUUUCCCUUCUGCAUUUUAACAUAUUUACUGCAUUGUUUUUCAACGGACGAAGCGCCAGAGACUAAUGAUUGCACUUAAAUAUUUGCCUGAGAGAAGACCGCACCAGUCUCCGAUCAUGGUUGCGGUAUUGUGACACUUAGAUCUAGGGGGUUUUUGUAGAACUGCUAUGUACCUGAACACUUUUUGGAAGGAUUGAGAUGUAUCAAUAAUGCUUUCUUUGCCAUGAGCUUUUUAAAGUAACUUGUUCUAUUUACUUACGUGUUCCAGACAUCUUCCCAUUACAUGUUCUGUAUUUUAAUACAUUGCAUAUUUACAACUAGGUUCUAUAAUUUAUGCUUUGAAGUUUACUUUUUUAUAGUUUACAGGAAUUUUAUUUUUUGUGCCUAUUUCUUUUUACACCUAUGUGAACCACUGUGGAACAACUUAAAUUUUGUGCCAUAAAAAUAUUUUUGUGGUAAGGUACUAUUUUUUUAGCUCUAGGGAUAUAUCAGCAAAAAUCCACCAUACAAUUUGAAAGACCUAAUUUUAUGUUGAAUGAGCACAACAUAAGCUGAAGCAUUGCGAGGAGAUAGCCAGACAGCAGUUAGAUGGUCUUGUCUUUUUCAUUGUUAAUUUAUUGUCCUACAUGGGUUUCUGAUUUAUAAAGGCAUCACAGGCUCAUUGCACUCAAUACCUGCAAUGUUUGCUACUGUACCACAACUGAUUUUCAGUACUUUAUUACAGAGGAUGAGAAACUGUAAUGUUUUAUUAACAAUGCUUCUGGAAAUGGAUGCAUUUUAAAGCAAAUAAAUCUUUUUGAUAGACCUUUUACAAAACCCAUUUGCACUAAUGAAUGCUUUCUUAUGGUAUAUGACUUAAUAUUUGUUACUGUGUACACUGCUCUUUUGGAAUGUUCAGAAAUAAAGACUAUUUCGGCAAUA